UGGCUGGCUGGGGCGCGGGCGACGGCGGAGGCUCACGCGCUCGCCCGCGGCUCCGUCAGCUCUCCUUUGCUCCGCCUGCACCGCGGCCCCGGGGACCUGUGACAACAAGAGACAAAAUGACAUGAGAGAUUUGACUGUGCCCUGCAUUGAAGAGCUUCCUGGUCGAAUUAAUCCUUAAAGAGACUGCAGUGGGUUUCAGGAUGGCAAAAGAGGAGCCCCCGAGUACUUCAAAGGACUUGCGGGAGCUGCAGAGGAAGCUAUCUUUGCUGAUAGCGUCUGUCCAGAGUAACUCAAAGGCCCCAGAUUUAGAAGAGGUUAAGAAAAAAUUAGAUUUCUUAAGGACUGUGGUUUCCUUUAUGAAGUCUCCAGUGGGUCAGUACCUGGACCGGCAUCCUUUUCUGACCCUCACCUUGCUGGUAUUUCUUGCUGUGUCAGCCGUUCCUGUUGGCUUCUUCCUGCUCCUCGUGGUGCUUACCUCCCUGGCUGCUUUUGUGGGAGUCAUAUUACUGGAAGGACUGGUUAUCUCCGUGGGCGGCCUCUCACUGCUUUGUGUCCUGUGUGGCUUGGGCUUUGUGUCCCUCGUCAUAUCAGGGACAAUCAUGGUGUCCUACAUGGUAGUCUCCAGCCUCAUCAACUACUGGUUUUCUCUUAGGCUGUUGCCACAACACAACUCCAGUGGUGACUGUCCGCUGGCCAUGAAGUCUGCACACGUAGAGGGGCUCUACCAGGAAUGACCAGCUGAAUGGAACCAAAGGUUUUAUUCAAGCACCUCUGGAACACUGUUGGAUCAUCUUUGCUCGUUAGAAUUAUGACUUAGAAGGGACUGGGUAGUUAAAUACUUCCUGGAGGUGUCCUCUAGCUUUUUCACUUAUUUGUUGGGUCCUACAAUAGACAGUUUUGGAGAUCUUGUUGCUCUGGGUCAGUUCCAUCAGCUGACCCACCCUCAGUAGGAGAAUCAGCAAAGAAUCCCAUGGGCUUGGCGGCUCUCCGAGCCUCUCAUCUCCUCCCCAGAGAUGCAGACCUGACCUUGGCAAGGUCCUGAGCCUCUACAGGCCAGUGACCUGAUUCCCAAAGGCUCAGCUCUUGUAUCUUAAGUCCAGUUUGGGUAACCAUAGAUUGUUUUUCCUUUUUCUUUCUUUUUAAUGAGAGGUGCUUAUUUCUUCACUCAUUUGAAAAAAGAGGUAGGGGGAAAAAUCCAAAAUGGAACAAGCUAUUCUGCCUUAUGAGCCUUUUAUCAGAAAGAUAAACAGCAUUUGGGAAUAAUGGCCUCUCAGACAAAGUUAGAAAAUAGAGUCCAAACUUAUCCUUACGGCCAAGAGCUUUUUUUCUAAGUCUAAAUGUAUCGUUUCCACCAUUGAAUACUGUUCAGUGAUGUUACUCUUUAAAAUAUUUGCACUUGACACUUUUGUAUUAUAUUAGGAAGUUGUCUUGUUAAGCCAUUUAUUCAAAAAGUCCUAUGCAAAUGCUAAACAACUACAAAAUUUUUUUAAAUCCUAUGGGAUUUCUACUUCAGUAGUUUAUUUGCUAUGGUACUUUAUUAAAUCAAUAUUUAUUUAGAUGAGCUCUUUUUCUUUACUCUUUAUUUCAGAAUUCUCUCUAGACAUCAUACCCAUUUAUUCCUUCUGUGUCAAUUUAAUGGCAGAUCCUGGGUAAUAAGGCUUUUCUAGUUGCUAGUGGUAGAUGCUCAACUCAAAAUGCUUUUAAAAAAUGGAAGUAGAGGGGGAAGAGAUUCAUUUUACUGAAAUAAAAAGCCAAGAGGUGGGUCUUUAGGCACUGCUGGAUCCAGGGACUCAAGUGAUGUCAUUAAACAUCUCUCUCUCUUCAUCUCUCAGCACCACUUUUCUCAGUGUUAAGUGACUUUUACCUCCUGUAGAGGUCCCAGCAGCUCUUAAUUUUACAUCAGCCUCAUAGUUAGCACUCCAUAUUGGGCAAAGAGGCUGCUCUUUUCCAAUAAUACAUUCAGAUUUUCUGAGUUUGGCUCUGAUUGGACAGACCUGGGUCAAGUGGGCAACCCCGAACCAAGUGCAGGGGAAAGUGGGGGAUGGAAUACGCUGACGGAUCAGGGCUGGGACAUAUGCGCAUUCAGGAACCAGGAGAGGGAGUGGGUAAGCCCCCUCUGACUCUGCAUAGGUGGGAGUGAUAGGGUAUUAGAGAUGGGAGGACGAUCUGGCCCCAAAGGAAAAGGGGCAGACAGAAGCAAAUGCUUGCUAUUUGAUUCAGGAGAACAUGAAGCCCUUAAUUAAUUUGGAACUUUUCUGUAUCCCGUGAGAGUCAGCCACACCUGUCCCUAAAGGUGCCUUCAACUCUAGAGAACGGGAACUGCAUAUUCCUGCCAAUACAUGGGAGUAUAAUAUUAAUAUUAACAGUUACUGUUUAUUGAAUGUUUCCUACUUAAAUGCAAGUGUCUGCUACUAGCUGUCUAAACUAAAUACCCUGCUGGGUUCUGAGCUUCAGAAAUGAAGAGUGAAAAGGCCCUUGGCCUCCUGAAGUUUACUUUCUAACGUAGGAGUCACUUAAGUGUAUUAAUUAUCUCUUGUUGCAUAACGGUUUACAAAGAGCAUGUUUGUUUUCCCACAUUUUUGGUAUGUUAGAAAUACAGGUCUGGCUUAGCUGAG